AUGAAUAUUCUGAAACACAACUUCCCCACCCACUGUUACCCUCUGCAUCGCCUCCAUCAACCCUCUCUCCACCCUCACUUUCUCAGUUUUGCCUCUCUCGGCAGAAGUUUCCGACUCCCCUCAUCCAAUUCCGCUAGCCCUCACUCUCUCACCAAGCCUGCAGAGACUUCGAAGGUUUUAGCAAUCCCAAUUUCGAUUGGGAAGGAUGAAGAGACGGAGACCGAAGAUUUUGAGGAAUACUUGGCAGAAGAUGGAGAGGUUUAUCAGAAGACCUUGAGAUUGGUCGAGUGUGCAAUGUUUGCUGCUGUCUCUGCUUUGGCAUUUCUCUUGAGCAACUCUCUGGCCAUUGAGAAAUACUUUGCAUGUUUCUUUGCUUUGCCGAUAGUCCUUUCAACUAUGAGAUGGGGUGUUGGAGCUGGCAGGAAAAACAUGGUGGCAACUACUGUAUUAUUGUUCAUCUUAUCUGGUCCGGUGAAAGCAGUUACUUAUUUGUUAUUUCAUGGCUUGCUUGGUCUAGCGAUGGGUACCUUUUGGAGGUUAAAGACAAGUUGGGGUGCAUCGCUCUUCCUGUGCACAAUUGUUCGAUCCAUUGGAUCUCUGGGAUAUGUUGUGAUUGCCUCAUAUCUAAUUGGAGAAAAUAUAUUGGCAUUGAUCACUAUAAAUCUUCAUGCUCUUGUCACGUAUAUCCUCUCCCGCUUUGGCUGCAUCUCAGUCCAAUCAAUGAAUUUUGUAUACUUCAUUUUCGGGGUUCUUCUCUUGCUCAAUUCCGGUGUCUUUGUGUUCGUGCUUCAUCUUUUGUAUGCUCUAUUUUUUACGAGGCUUGGGAUGAAGGCUUCACUCAGACUACCAAAAUGGCUACAGGCUGCAAUAUAA